UCAUAACUAUUUUGGAUGGUCAGAUCACACAAGCAAGAAGCACGCGUCUCUGCUACUUACAUCCAAUCUCUCGUGAAGCCACAACUUCCUCCUUCCACCACCAUGACCACAACCACCACAACCACAGAUGGCAACAAGGGCGGCAAAACUCAGACGCAUAAGAAACAAGUGAGAAGACGACUCCACACAAGCCGUCCUUACCAAGAACGUCUCCUUAAUAUGGCCGAAGCUCGCCGUGAAAUCGUCACCGCUUUAAAACAACAUCGCGCUUCCAUGAGCCACGCCGCCAAGAUUCCACCGCCUCCACCGUCUCAUCCGCCGCAGAAACUGUUUUCGCCACCGCCACCUCCACCUCCUCCAGAUCCAUUUUCUUGGUUGAAUCCACAACUCAAUUUACUCCUCCCUAACCAACCUCUAGGGUUAAACCUCAGUUUCCACGACUUCAAUGACUUCAUCCAAACCACGUCAUCGUCUUCAUCAUCAUCAUCGUCGUCUUCUUCAAGCUCAUCAUCAUCAUCCUCAGCAAUAACGAAUCCGCAUAUCUACUCCACCCCUUCACCUCCCCUUUCCACCUUCUCCGCCACAGCUCCUCAACAACCGCCGAAGCAGCUGAUGGAACAGGAGAACAACGUGGAGACGUCAGCUUGGUGGUCAGAGCUCAUGAUGAAGACGGUGGAGACGGAGAUGAUUAAGUCGCAGACAGUCGAAGAUGACGUCUUCCCAAAGUUCAGUGACGUCAUGGAGUUUCCUUCGUGGUUAAAUCCAACAGAUGAAGAAUUGUUUCAUCCUUAUAAUCUGUCUACUCAUUACUCCUCCCCUCACAAUCCUCCAUUGUCCUGUAUGGAGAAUAAAGAAAUUGAAGGCAUGGAUGGAGACGAUUGGCUUGCCUGGCUGAGCCCCAAAGAUUGAUUACUGUGUGUUUUUUCAGACAUGUUGAAUCAACUCUUUGGUUCUUUUAUUAUUUAUCUGUGUUCUUUCUAAUUUUUCCUUUUUGUUUUUGUUUGGAGACUAAAGAAUUUAAGAAUAACAAAAUGCCUACGGAGAGAAAUGUUCGGUUUGGCAAAAGUCUGAUGAAUGAAAUUAAACUUUUCUUGC